CCAUAUCGAUUAUAGCGAAGUUAUCGAAAGAACCGGCAUUGUGCAGCCCUGGUUUGGGUUAGUCGCGAAAACUAUUAGGAAUGUCGGGGUCUCCGGUAAAACGACCGAAAAUCGGUAACAGCGACUGUCUGUCUUACCUGCAGAGCCUGGGAGAUGUUCCGCCAGAGGACGCCGCCCUGCAACUGGCCCAGCGAAUCCGGACGGAGGAGGAGGAGGCGGCGCAGGCGGACACGUGCGGCGGCGCCAACCAGGCCGCCUUAAACAUUAGCUUUCGCGUGUACUACCACAUAGUGCACAAGUAUGAGCUACAGGACAGACACUUCGAAGAUCUCCCCCAGCGUUUGAGCUGCGUGCAGCCCACUGCCUUCCUGAUGCUUCAAUCGGUUCUCCUCACCGACCACUGGAAGCGACUGGAUGCCUCGCUGCUGGAGGAGAAGUGCACCACUGCCAUUAUCGAGGCACUGCGCCAAAACAGUCCCAGUCUGAUGGCCGUGCUGAAGGCCACCAACCUGCUGGUGAAGAAGUUCCCCAAGCUAAAUCUCCUGCCCCUGCGAUUGGAGCACUUCUACCACUGCCUGCAGCGCCAGACGCAGACUGGAUCGCGCGAGGAAACCCUGACGCUGUACAAUCACUGCUGCAAGCAGAAGGAACGGGCCUUCUCCUACUUCCGCCUGAUUGUCGAGUUCUGGCCAUGGACGAAUCGCAACAAAUAUUAUCUGCUGAGUGGGGCACUCAACUCGUAUCCACUGCCGGAACUCCUGGCCGCCACCAAUCAGAGCGAAGAGGAGUUCUUCAGGGGACUCCGGCUCAGCCUGAGCUACAAGGGACUCCGGGCAGCCAGCCAGUAUCCGGUGAAGAGUCUGAGCAACCAGCGUUCACCCGAACUACUGGCCGCCAGUGUGGACCUGCUGCUCAGUGGCAGCGUGGCGGAGAUCCAGAACUUUCACUCGCAGUGGUUCCUGCGCAUCCAGCAGCGCGAUGUUCUGUUCGAGCUGCUGCAGGCCAAUCCUCAGAUCGUUGAGUUUCUGGCCUGCUCCGAAGAUUUGAGGUCGCCGGCAGAUCAGUUGCGCCUGAUCCUGAUCUUCAGUAUGUUUGCAAAGGAGAUAUAUGCCGCCUCAAAGCUGCACUUUUUCAAGAUCAGCACAGAGCUGUUGACAAAUUGCAGCCAAUUGGAGACGGAAGCGCAGCUGUUGGUGUUUCGAUUUCUAGUUGAUAACCUGGGGAACUUUGCCGUCGAAGAUUGUCUGGAGUUUUUCCACAGCUUCGUCGAGCGACAUCGCAGCCUGGAGAGUUCAGAGUUUCGGAACACGAUGCUGGGCAAGAUGCCUACAAUUAUUAACCACACGGCCAAACAUUUCCAUAAGGUACUCAAAGCGGACAGCGGUGUGGGAGGCGAUGCCUUGGCGCAGAACAUCAAGCGAUUCUUCUCUCACUUGCAAAAAUUAAUCGAGCGGGACAUCCACAGUGAUGUGUAUCAACCAAAGAUAUUUGCCCUCAAGCUGCUGGAGAUCCUGAACCGGUCGCUAUAUGCCAAACAAGUUGCAAAGAAUGCCAAAAUGUGUAGUCCCGAGCAGAAUCAGCGGAUGGGGAUAUACCUUCUGGAACAAGGAGUUUUUCGGCCAAAAGACAUGGCACAGCAGCUCUUUGAAACCCUUAAUAAUCCACAAGGUUUCGAUGAUGCUUUGGAGCUGACGGUGUCCCUGCUGAUUCAGAUGGGGCAGAUGGACAGUGAAAAGUGCGUGGAGCGGUGUCUGGAGCUCUGCAUAACUUCAGAUGUUGAUGAAUGUUCGCUGGGGUCACUCUACGCCCAAUUGGCGGUUACAAAUGAACAGUCCGGUAGGAAGAUAUUUAAUGAAUGCCUGAAUCGGCUGACCAACACACUGGAUUUAUUCUUGGACGAUCCUUUGCGAACCGCCAAAGACAGAGGCCAUCUUUUCGGCUAUCUUUGCGGUUUGGACGAAGUGGUCAAGGCAAAAGUUCCGGUGGAGUCGCCAUUAGAGGACUUGUUGCCGCUGCUAGAGCGCAUUCUAAGCGGCAUCCUGAAAUUCCUUAACUUAGCCAACGCCCGACGACAGGAUAAGGCCGCAACGGCAGCUAGUUUCCAGGACAUGGAUGAAAGCCUACAGCUGCUGGUCAGCGAGAGCUCAUUUAAGUCCGUAGACGAGGAGGAGGCCUGCCGGAAGUACUUGCUUAUGAGUUUCUGGCUGACACUAAAGGGCUGUUGCGAUCUGGCCACCAGCAUUGGGUGUUCUCUACUACAAACCACUGCCCACACGGUGAACUCUGAGGCGCUGCGUCGAUGCCUCGACAUCAAUGUGUCCGUUCUGACGCUUUGCCGACAUAAAGGAGCAAUCGAGGCGGCCGGUUUGAGCAUUGGCAGACUUACCCGUGCGAUUACCAGCUGUUUGGAGAGCAACGAUGCCGGUUUCCAGAUGCUGCACGACUGCCUGGAGAGAGAACUGCUGACUGAGAGUCGCCAGGUGAGCACCACACGUCGUGGUGCCGGCUUUGCCAUAAUGUUUUUGCACGUGCUCAAGAACGACAAUCCACGGCAGCGGCUGCUCCUGCAUCGAGCUGUGCAGCAAAUCCUUCAGAGGCUUAAUGGAGAUCGUUCCGCGGACAAUGUUUCCUUGGAUAGUAAUCACGACCGUUGGGAGGCGCUGGUGCUACACUAUCUGUGCGUUCUGGUGCGCGACACAGAACUGAGGCCAGCCAUGAGCAAAUACUACAACGAGAUUCUACUGGUGGCCAUGGAGCACAUCGACAAUCCGGAGUGGACCAUCUCGAAUGCGGCACUUCAACUGUUUGGCGCCAAUCUGGGAAAGCUUGUGGGCCAGCGCCAGGCCACGGAGUUCGAGACACGUCCCGCUUGGGAACCCAGUGAACUGGACUACGACGAGUUGGGCUGCCUGCUGCCCAAGGCCUGCGAGCACAUGUUGGAAUGCUGCGACCGCCAGGAGGUGACCUCCUCUAUUAUACUCUUUCUGGCCUUCCUCUCCAAGGUGGAACACUUGCGAACUUCAGGUGGCAAGGAGCCAAAUCCCCUGCUACUCCGUUUCCGCCGAUUGAGCUGGCGUUUGUUGCGGCACAAGUGCGAUCAGGUGCGUCAACUGGCGGCCACCUGUUUUGUGCGUUCACACGAGUUUCGCUGCGAUCUGCCAGCGGCGCUGCUGGUCAGCGCCAAAUUGGCGGCAAAUCUCGACGAGGAGAACUUCUACGAGGGACUGAUCUACACCUUGACAUCCGGGGUGCUGAAACUCCAACACGAAGCACGACAUGUGUGGAGCGCGGGCCGUCUGGAGAGGUUCUUUGAGGAGCUUCUAAUAUCACUGGAGGUCACGGAGCGAGUGCGUCGCUUCAAGCCGUACACACUGAACGUGUUGUUGGAACUGCUAAAGCUGUUGGGCAGCGCGGAUAAAGCGGCUCUGGUCGAGUCCCUCGUCUAACAUUAGCUAAUUUAGUUUUAUCUAAUCUAACAUUAAGCCAAACAGUAAUAUUUCCUUGUCAACGCUUUUUACAACUAUUCAAAUGACGCAUUUAAUGUUUGUACGCAGUAAACCAAACGAAAGUAUCUACCA